AUGUGCACGGGUGAAUUUUAACCCGACCAUUGAUCCGAUCAAGAUAUUCUGCCCACGUAACUGCUGCUAUUGUCAUUUGUUAAAGGCACAUAAUUAGACCAUCAUUUCUAAUGCAUAGGUUGCUGCAGCAGAUUAAGCCUCAUCAAAUAGACAAAAGAAAAAAAUCCUUAUUAAUGGAAAAGUUAAUGGGACAAAUUCAGGAAAUUAAAUGAUGACUGACAGAAUGCUCCAUGGUCCUUGAAUUUCUGCCUGGAAUUUAAUCUUUUUGGUUUUAACCACAUAUUUCUAUCACUCUCUCAGGUGAUGAAACUUCGAAUACAAACUGCAAUUUGUUGCAACUGAUGGCUUUGUUCUUCAGAUGUCAGUGAAACCACAAAGUCAAAUUAACACACAAAUAAACAAACUUAAAUACCACGUUUAGAUGUGACAAAUUAGAUUAACGAAAACGAAAAUACUGGCUGCAUACACCAAGAAGUGUUCAAGGAACCAGUUUUGUUCCUGUUCACCUCUUGGAACUUGGACUUGGAACUAAGACACAAAGACACUAUGGCAUCCAUCAAUCCUCUCUCCAAGGCCAACAUCAGCUUCUCUCUGGCUAUGUUCAGACAGCUGAGUGAGGACCACAGAACUACAAACAUCUUCUUCUCUCCGUUCAGCAUCUCUUCAGCUCUGGCUAUGGUGAUGCUGGGAGCCAGAGGUGACACAGCCACUCAGAUGGCUGAGUGCUUGAAGACCCAGGACUGUCAGGAGGAAGUCCACACUCUGUUCCAACAACUACUGGAGGAGCUGAACAAGCCAAGAGCUGGGUUUCUGCUCAGUGUUGCUAACAGGCUGUAUGGAGAGCAGUCUUUCCUCUUCCUUAAGGAGUUCUUAAAACAAACCAGCAGCUGCUACAAUGCAGAACUGGAGUCUGUGGACUUUAGAAACAAAUAUGAAGAAGCCAGGAUCAAGAUCAACAGCUGGGUGGAGAAGCAGACCCAAGAUAAAAUCAAAGAUCUGGUGGGGGAAGGCAUUCUGAACAACACCACCACUCUGGUGUUGGUCAACGCCAUCUACUUCAAGGGAACCUGGGAUCAACAGUUUCUGGGUAUUCGGACGGAAGAUGCUGAGUUUAGACUCAAUAAGAAAGACAAAAAUCCUGUGAUGAUGAUGAGACAGGAGGCCAAGUUCCCUUAUGUUAAAAUUCCUGAAAUCGACUGUCAGAUCCUGGAGAUGCCUUACGAGGGGAAGGAGCUGAGCAUGCUCAUCUUUUUACCACGGGAAAUACUAGAUGAGAGCACAGGACUGGAGAGGCUGGAGAAACUAUUGACCUACGAGAAAUUCAUGGAGUGGACUUCUCCAGAGAAAAUGGAUCUGACUAAAGUCGAUGUUCGUCUUCCUCGAUUCAAGAUGGAGGAGAAGUAUAACUUAAAGAAAGUGCUGACCCGCAUGGGCAUGGUGGAUGCUUUUGAUCAAGCAAAGUGCAAUUUCUCAGGAAUAUCUGCAGCCAAAGAUUUAUACCUGUAUGAUGCCAUCCACAAAGCGUUUGUGGAGGUGAAUGAGAAGGGAACUGAAGCAGCUGCUGCCACUGCAAUGUUUAUGUGUAAUUCUUCUGGUAAUUUGAAACAGCAAUACUUUACUGCUGACCACCCUUUCCUCUUCUUCAUCCGUCAUAACUCCAGCAUGAAUAUUCUGUUUGCUGGACGUUUCUGCUCUCCUGAGUGAGAGCUGUGAUCUUCAAAGAAAACUCAGCCAGCUAAUAUAUACAUUUAUUGCAACAGCUGGAACAGAUUUCUUUAUUUCAAAGAUUGAUUUUUUCUUUUCAUUUCAGCAUUUAAGUGAAAAUUGUAACAUUUAAUAAAGC